AUGGUAAUUAGGGGGAAAGCACAUGCUCUUCUUAUUGCAAGAAGCUUUCAUUCCUACACGCCUUGCUUCAGAGUAACCACCAGAGGCAAACGACAGCGAAGUAAGAGCAAGCAGCAAGCAAAAGCACUGCUAGAUUAUACACAAGAGCUAGAUAAUGGUCGAGCUACUGAAGCAGUUGCGGACUGUUCAGUUGGAACAGAGAAGAACAUAGAAUCGAUAAACAAAGAUUUUUUACAGCGAACAAAAGGACUAGAGCCUGAUAUUGAAUUAAAACAACUCCCUCAAAUUAAAGAGGAAUUUUAUCAACGUUAUAGAGAUAGGUACGUCAAACCCUCUGAAGAUUGGUACAUAAAUACCUGGAGUUCCUUAACAAAACCAAAAAUUCCGCUCUACAAGUUAAUAAAUUCAGAUAUUCAAUUAGUUACGAAAUUGAAUACUCCAAAUCCGAUCGAAUUUCAACCUGUUCAACUAAUGGAAAGUCCCUUAAAUGUUGGCGACUUAGUUCUUUUGAAAAUGAGACCCAAUGAACUGGCGAUGUGUGUAAGUCUUCCAAACAGCACUAUGGAUCCGCGAUACACUUUUGUUGCUACUGAUGGAACCAUGUGCUUUGCGACCAAAAACCGGGUAUUAUUGAGGAUUCCUCACAAAUUACCUAUUGGGGUUAAUUCACUUAUACAGCCAGAGAGUCAUCACAAGCAUCUGCCGAUUGGAACUAUAAAAAACUUUUCUAACCAAACGAACAUUUUGCCGAUUGUGGCAAGGCAGUUGAUAACAAGUAAAUAUCCUGCGCAGAUUUCAAAGUUAGCCUGGAAGGAUUUACCCAUUACUACGAAAAAAUUGCAGUUACUUCACAGAUCAUUACAAAAUUAUAUGGGUCCAUGGCAGAUUCCUUUUUUUACCUUAGUCGGAUUGGUCCAGAAGUUGGAUUUGAAUAAAGCUUUGGACGAUGAAAAUGGAAUAAAUUAUUUAACCAGUCUAGUGAAUAACUAUCACACUGUAAACAAUGCACCAAUAAAUUCAUCUACUUUUGUAUCCACGUACUGGGCGAUUAUGCAACAACAGGAAUCGAACCUUUGGGGGAAAAUUCAUCUUAACACAGCGUUAUUGUCACCUGUAUCAGUAACGAUCAUUCCACUGAAGUCCCAACAUUUAUACUAUGCACAGGUGAUAGAGAAGCUGGAAGCUAACAGUUAUAAGGAAGUCAAUAAGUUUGUAAAAUUGGUAAACGAAAGGAAAUAUCGGGAUAUUUCAGCUUUAUACCCUUCUGUAAUCCAAUUGUUAAAAGAUUUUGCCGCUGGAAAUUUUCACAGUAACGGAAUUGUAGUAACUCUGAUCUCGAAAAUAUUUAGAAAGAUAGAACGCUACAAGGGUUGUGACAUAACAAGGGAUAUAUGCCAAGAUUUGGUUAAUGAGAUAAUACCCAAUUCGAUGUCCAAUCCGUUGUUACUAAAUAUGGAUUUAGCGUUGCCUGCUUCUUCAAAAUUGAUGAAAUCCCAACAAAAACUCUAUGAUUUAACUAAUAUAGAAGAUUUACAAAAGAAAAAGUCCGGCACUGAUGGCGACAGGUACGAUUUUGGUGAUCUUAAAGUUUUUUGUAUAGAUUCCGAAACUGCGCAUGAGAUUGAUGACGGUGUGUCGGUAAAAAACCACCGUAAGGAUGGGCUGUACACUUUAUAUAUUCAUAUCGCUGAUCCAACCUCUAUGUUCCCAGAAAGUACUAAUGUUGAUACUGAGGGCAUUAGCACAGAUAUCCUAAAUGUUGCCUUGAAACGAUCAUUUACCACAUAUUUACCAGAUACGGUUGUUCCCAUGUUACCUCAGUCGAUUUGUCAUUUAUCUGAUUUGGGAAAACAAGGGCAAAGGACAAAAACAAUAUCGUUUUCCGUUGAUGUUAAAGUCAUUUCUAGAGGCAGCGGAAAAUCACUUGAAAUUAUGCAUGAUAGUUUUAAAAUCCGAGAAGGCAUUGUGUCGAACUUUCCUAAGGCUACUUAUGAAGAUGUCGAUAUGAUCCUUAGUACACCCAAUGGCGAAGCAUCACCUAUUAAAAAAGAUUUGGAAAGUUUAUCCAUGAUUUCCAAAUUAUUGAGAGAGCAACGUAUAAAAAAUAAUAAUGCUGUUAUAUUUGGGGAAGGCUUUAAUAAGGGCCUAGUGGCACUAAACGCCAAUGCAGAAGGAGAACUGACUGAGGUGACAUUUUCGGACCAAGAGGAAACGCUAUCCACCAUUUUGGUUUCAGAAAUGAUGAUCUUGGCCAAUACUUUAACAGGUAAAUACUUCGCAGAUAACAAAAUCAGUGGUGUGUUCAGAUGUUAUAAACAGUUACCACUGGAUCUAUUAGCACAACAGCAGUAUGACUCUAUGAUAACAAGUACAAAAAAAGGGCUCUUCCCCCAGCUAAAAGAUAUUGUUAAACUUUCAUCAUUGUUGAACUCAAGUUUUUACACCGGGCGACCUUUUAGACAUGAAAUGAUUGGAGCUAAGCAAUAUUUGACUGUAACAUCUCCCCUUCGUCGCUUUCCAGAUUUGAUAAAUCAUCUACAGAUUCAUCGUCAUUUGCAGAAAAAGCCUUUAUGUUUUAAUCAAACACAAAUUGACAGUUUAAUCUGGCCAAUUCAAUCUCGAGCAGAUAUUUUAAAAAGGGCUAGCCGCAGUUCGUCGACGUACUGGACACUAAAUUAUUUAAAGAAGCUAACGAAAUUAGAACCAGAAAGGACUUACGAUGUAAUGAUAACAUCAGUGCCGCAGAACGGAUUUGCUGGGUGCGUUUUUCCGGACUUGUCAUUCGCUAGGGGAACAUUAAAAUUGCAUCCAAGCGCUAUGCAUUAUCCGAUGAUUGGAGAUAUCGUGAAGAAUUGUAAAAUUUCAAAAAUUGAUUGCUUAGAAGGAAUGCUGGAGCUGGAAAAGCUAUAA